AUGUCAGAGAAACCGAGUACGAGAAACGAUGACAACUCAUUAGAAAAUCAAUUGAACUAUAGACACUCAGCUUUUGAGGAGGAGAACGAUGGGUUAUUACCGGUUACUCAACAAGAUUUAAAACCUAAAACCAAUAUAACUAAAUCAGAUCAUUUACUACCACAAGACAGAAAAUCGUUUUUGGUAUUGGUGAUACUAUAUCUACUACAAGGUGUACCGGUUGGACUAGCAUUUGGUUCAAUUCCUUUUAUACUAAAAAGCAAACUAUCAUAUUCUCAAGUUGGUAUAUUUUCAUUAGCAGCAUAUCCUUAUUCAUUAAAACUAAUAUGGUCACCAUUUGUUGAUUCUAUAUAUUCAAAAAAGAUUGGAAGAAGAAAAUCUUGGAUUAUACCCAUACAAACAAUAUCCGGAUUGGUACUAAUUUAUCUAGGUUUCAUAAUUGACAAAUUAAUUGAAGAUCCAAAACAAUAUCUAAAUUUAAUAACAUUAUGUUUUUUCAUACUAGUGCUUUGUUGUGCAACCCAAGACAUCGCAGUCGAUGGAUGGGCUUUAACUUGCUUAUCUCCCGAAAGUUUAUCAUAUGCAUCAACUGCUCAAACAAUUGGAAUUAAUACUGGUUAUUUUUCAAGUUUUACAAUUUUUCUAGCAUUGAAUUCUCCAGAUUUUGCAAAUAAAUAUUUACGGUCUGUCCCAAAAGAUAUUGGAUUAUUUACUUUAGGUCAAUAUCUAACAUUCUGGGGGUGGGUAUACAUUUUAGUUACUGGGAUUGUAUUUUUUAUACCCGAAGAUCCUCCACAUCUAGUAAAUAUAAAUAAAGAUAAAAUUGCCAAAGAGAAAGGAGUUUACAAUUUGAAAAACAAAUGGAAUCAAUUAUCAGAAGUCUAUUCAUCGAUGUAUGAAGUUUUGAAAUUACCAAAUGUACAAACAUUUGUGGUGAUACUAUUAGUAGCCAAAUUAGGAUUUCAGGUAAAUGAAGCAGGAACAAACCUAAAAUUAUUAGAAAAGGGAUUAUCCAAGGAAGAUUUAUCAAUAACUGUUUUGAUCGAUUUUCCAUUUGAAAUGAUAUUUGGAUAUUACGCUGGAAGAUGGUCUAAUGGGAAAGCACCAUUAAGACCAUGGAUAUUUGGAUUUAUGGGAAGAUUAGUUGCAGCAGGAUUGGCACAAUUGAUUGUAUAUUUCUUCCCUAAAGAUGGUCAUAUAUCCAAAACAUAUUUCUUGAUGAUUAUUUUACAACACUUAUUAGGAUCAUUUAUGUCAACUAUUCAAUUUGUAUCAUUAUGUGCAUUUCAUACGAAGAUAGCUGAUCCCAAAAUAGGAGGAACGUAUAUGACAACUUUAAAUACUUUAUCAAAUUAUGGAGGUACAUGGCCAAGGAUAUUUAUUUUCUUUUUAAUCGAUAAAAUUACCAUAUCCAAAUGUAAUACCGAUAAGGGAUUUAUAAUGCUUGAAACUGAGAAGGAUAAAGAGCAAUGUACCUAUAGUGGUGGAGAAAUAGAAAUUAUUAGAGACGGUUAUUAUUAUACGAAUGCAUUAUAUAGGCUACUACAGCAACAUUUACCUUUAAGAAAUGAUAUUUAUGACUUUCAAUCAACACCUAAUUGUGAUGGAAUGUAUAUAUUUACAACAUCAAUUAUAAUAUCACAUUUAAAACGCGGUAAUAAAGUUAUUAUUAUGGAUUGUGCAUGGAUCAAAUAUCAAUUCAGUCAUAUCAAGGAUCAUCCUGAGUUUAAAACUGAAUUCAAAGGUCAAAUCACUUAUUAUCAAAUUGAUACUUUUGGGAAAUUAUACUACAAAAUUUCACAAUUACAAGAUACCAACACGUUAAUAAUUUUAAAUGGAUUUCACCAACUAAUUGAUUUAUACAAGUUGGAAUUAUCAUUAACAUAUGAAGAGUUUAGAAGUAAACAUAGACUAGAACAAUAUUCGACACUAAGUAACAACAAAGAAAAUAAUACUAAUGAUCCAAUACCCCAAAUUUCAUCAACUUCUCAAUUAUUUAAAGUAAGUCCCACCACCAAGUACGAUAGCCAUUUGAAUUCCUUAAUCUCCAAUCUAAAUAAGCUUUGUAUAAAGAAUAACUCAAUGGUGUUUCUACUAGGAGUUCUAGAAACUAAAUUUCGACAAUUUCGAUCAGUGUCAAGUCAAGAAAAUAAUAAUUCAUCUCAAUCAUCAACACCCAACAAAAAUAGAGUUGUACUCUCCUCACGAUUUGUACAUAAAUCCGUGGACUCAAGACUAAUAUUCUAUAAGGAUUGGUACCAUAAAUCCACCCACUUUUUAAAUAAUCAUCCAAUUGAAGACAAGAGAUCAAUCACUAUAAAUCAAGCAAUACUUAGAUUCGUUAAUGCAGUUAGACUAGAAAUAGGUGAUAUACAUUACGAGCCACUUUAUUUUGAUAUAGAUGAUGAGUUUUUCCAUGAUGAUGAUGAAGAGAAGGAGGUUGCAAAAUACGAGAUCAUAGAUUUGUCAGAGUCAAAAAAUUUACAAAAUAUUUUACCACCAUCUUCACCACAAAUUGACUCUACUGUUAUUAAUAUAACAGCUAAUGAUAUUUUUGAAGAGGAAGAAGAAGAAGAAGAAAUAGAAAAUCUUGAAACCAUAUGUGAAUCAGAAGAUGAACAAGUUGAAGAAAUAUUAUUACCAGGAAGUGCUACCAAUUAA